AAUCCUCUCCAUCUCCCCCCUCCCCUCUCAACUCUCAAUCCAUCUCUCUGCACUCAAUUCUCUUCAUCACCCCAGCUCUACUAAUCCUAACACCAUGGCCGCCACCGCAGCCGCAAUGGCUCUCUCCUCCCCCUCCUUCGCCGGCAAGCCUGUGAAGCUAUCCCCUUCCAACCCCGCCCUCUUCGGCGAAGCCCGCAUCACCAUGCGCAAGACUGCAAGCAAGUCCUCAGGAAGCCCAUGGUACGGCCCAGACCGUGUCAAGUACCUCGGCCCAUUCUCCGGCGAGCCCCCUUCCUAUCUCACCGGCGAAUUCCCCGGCGACUAUGGGUGGGACACCGCCGGCCUCUCCGCUGACCCAGAGACCUUCGCCCGGAACAGAGAGCUGGAGGUCAUUCACUCCCGAUGGGCAAUGUUAGGAGCUUUGGGCAUCGUCUUCCCCGAGCUCCUGGCCCGUAACGGCGUCAAAUUCGGCGAAGCUGUCUGGUUCAAGGCCGGGGCCCAAAUCUUCAGUGAAGGUGGGCUGGACUAUUUGGGUAACCCGAGUCUGAUCCACGCGCAGAGCAUCCUCGCUAUAUGGGCCGUUCAAGUCAUCCUCAUGGGGGCCGUCGAGGGAUAUCGAGUUGCCGGUGGGCCGCUCGGUGAUGUCACCGAUCCGUUGUAUCCCGGGGGAAGCUUUGAUCCGUUGGGCCUGGCUGAAGAUCCGGAGGCCUUCGCGGAGCUGAAGGUGAAGGAGCUGAAAAAUGGAAGGCUGGCCAUGUUCUCUGUUUUCGGGUUCUUCGUGCAGGCUAUCGUUACGGGUAAGGGCCCGCUGGAGAACCUGGCGGAUCAUCUGGCGGAUCCGGUGAACAAUAAUGCAUGGGCUUAUGCCACCAACUUUGUGCCCGGAAAGUGAGGGAAAGUGGGGGGGAAGGAGAAGUGGAUUGUGUUGUAUUUAUUUGUUUUGGGGAAAUUUGUGAAGAAUUUGUGAAUGUGAUGGGGGUUGUUUGGGUGAUGGAUGUAAUAAAAUUAGUAAUGUCCGUUGCUGAAAUGAUUUUUUUUUCUUGUUCUUGUAUGUGUUUAUAUGGAAUGAAUGGUCUUCUCUUUGAAAA